UCCUGGCAUAGCGCUGUGUGGAAAAGGAAGGAGGAAAGAACAACUAAACAUAGAAUAAAUAGUUGUUUUGUUUGAUUGCCUUUAAAGGGAUUGAAGCGACUCGUAGACCGUUGUAAUUUAAAUUGCAUCAGACAGUUAUGGCGACGUCUAAACUUUUUGACGGAUAUAAUAGGGUAGCUAACACAAGCCUACUUUUGGAGUAACGUUAGUCAGAAUUUGCGCUAUACUUGCAUAUCCGCCUGCCACAUUUGAUGACGUAUACGAAUCGAAACCGUCAAGUUCCUUAAAACAAAAUCUUGGAUUAUUUGUUUUCGCUAACCUCUACACGUAGCCUAUUCCCCCCUCAACCCAUUUAGUGUUCAAUUUGAGUUGUAAAAGAGCUGUUGAAGUUGAGAAGAAGGACAGCCUAAAUACAGCUGUUACAAAAUGCUGGAGUGAGGGCACUCGAGAUGGCAUCGGCGAUUUUUGAGGGCACAUCCCUGGUCAACAUGUUCGUGAAAGAUUGUUGGGUUAACGGGAUCCGGAGGCUCAUCAUCAGAGGAGCUGAGGAGGAAUUCUUUGAUAUAAGGACUGAAUGGUCGGAUAGAAACAUUAUUUACCUGCACAGAAGCUCCUCUGAUUUAGGCAGACUUUUACAAAGACUCAUGGAGUGUUUCCCCGAAGACAGACGCGUUUUGUCAAAGUGUCCUUUACUAAAAGGGCUUGUGAAGAUUAAAGAAGCAAGAGAUAUUGAGACAAAACUAAAUGAAGUGGAACGAUUGUUGAAGGCCACUAUAAACAUGCCUUGGAAGUUUUCUAGGUCAGAGGUUGUCUUAACAUUCUUUGAACGCUCACCACUAGACCAGGUUCUGAGGAAUGACAGCAUCCACAAGAUUCAACCAUGCUUUCAAAAUCCAGUUAAGAUUUCAGAGAUCAUGAGGUCUAAUGGGUUUUGCCUGGCAAACACAGAAACUAUUGUGUUUGAUGAGAGUGUUCCACUGGACAAAGAGAGACCAUCCUCCACUGACUCAGCCCAGCACUCAUAUGAUGAGGAUGGGAGAGAAUCUUUGGAUCAUGUGGAUCAAGACCUGAGCGAUGAUGAUCCUGAAGCUUACGUCACUAAUCUGUCAUACUACCACCUGGUUCCUUUUGAAACGGACUUAUUGGAGUGAUGCUCACAGUUCAUGGGUGGUCAUUUGCAGCUGGUCACUGAACCCCACCAUUAUGACACAGACAUCUUGUGUGUAAUUUCUGCUGGAUGAUGGGAUGUGCUAGAAUUUAUACUCACUUUCAGUUAGAAAUACAAAUUUGAUGCCAGUUCAUUCUUUAAUUUAGAACACUGGGGCCAUUAUUUACAUCUACUGAAACCUUUUUUUCUAUUUCCAUUGCAAAGUUUUGAUCAUGAGAGGUGAGCAGUGUCAAUGUCACACCAAAUUCCCAAACAAAAGUACACAAGCAUGACACCAUCAUGCAUCAAAUAACUAAAUACAAGCAAACAGAAUGAUGGGAAGCAUGUUUUUGGAUAAUUUUUCAAGCACAAUUUUUAGUUGAUUAUUUCUUACUCCUGUUAAAAUAAUAAUAAAUAAAUGAGAACCUAGUCCAGAAGACUCGAACAAGCAGAAUUGAUUUAUUGAGACGUGUUGGUUAGUCUGCAGUCAUACAGUAUCUUCAAGAAGUCCAUGAGUCUGCAAGAGCCUAGCAGAGUCUCUUACAGGUCUGCAGUCCGCAAAUUUUAUCACAUGUCUGAAAACAAGUCUAAAAUGAGUCUUGUCUAUAAAGUGAUUAAGGAGGAGGGGCAGUGUUUGUAGGUGAAGACAUAAAAAACAGGCAUGAUUAGUUUUAGUUGAAGAUCUUGUUUUAGGGUCUUGAAUAGAUCCUGAGGUUUCACCUGCCCUGACCAACUUGAAAGUAUCACCCAAAGACAAAGGCACAGUCCUUGGGACCCUACCUUUAGCAUUUGCUUCACUUUGGCUCAGCCCAUGCUCAAGAGUUUUUUAAUAUUUCUCACACCCUAGCUAGAGUUUUGAAUUAAAUUAGAUAAUUAAAAAACAAAGAAUAUAACCUUUCAGUUAUAUAAAUAUCACUGUUAAUUUGAAAGAAGAUUAUAUAAAUUUAUAUUUACAACUCCAUACAUUUCCAACUCCAUUUCAUUUACAUUCAUUACAUAGCUGUUUAAAGUAGUAAAGUAGUUGUAACUACACAAAAACAUGCAACCCAGGAUUACUCUGAAAACGUACCUCUAUAUACACUUCUGGAGACCUCAAAAUAUGUCCCAGGGGACAUAUUUUUUGCAAUUUAUGUUUUCGCAAAUCAACAAGAGGCUGCUGUGUACGCUUUUUGAGAUUUCAAAUUUCUCUUCUCUCUUGACUGACUGUUUGACUGACUAAAUGACUGACUGACCGAUUGACUGACCCACCCUCCUCCUUCCCUAAACCCAGCCAAUUUUAUUGAUUGACCCGCCCACCCACUUCCCUAAACCCAACCAACAAUUUUCAAAAGCAAUCCAGAAAAAGAAAAGCCCUCGUCUGAUUUUUAUCAUGUUAUCAGAUUUUACCACAUUCUCACCCUGUUAUUUACUUGUUUAUUUUAUUUUUUGGAUUCUGUUUUUGUCUUUCUGGAACCAUUCUUCACAGGACUUAAACCCCAUCGUCGUGGUCAUCUACUCUCUGCAUCUCAAGUCCGCCAACGUAAAUGGCGAGCUAAUGGGGCAAACUGGUUAAAGCAGGAAUGUUGUCCAUAUGGAGGUAAACGGUCAGCUGGUAAGCGCGAAAAAAAUGCCAUCAUACUGCCCCGUAGUGUUUGUUUAAAGAUUGAAAUACAGCCAUACGUACCUCUGGCUACAUAGUUUGCGGUGUCCCUGUUAACAGGGCCUUGUCAAGUCUGCUGUUGGGUUGUUUAACUUUUUUUUGAGUGAAAGUCUCACUCAUUUUGCACAUGACUGCUAGUACAUUCCUACACAAAUAUUUAUGUAAACACAUAUCUACCUUUAAAGCACUCAAAUAGUAGGAAUAAAACUUAUCACAUGAGAAGAGCAGGAAUCUGAAUUUGUGCUAAUGAAGUAUUUGGUUUUGCAAUUUCAAGAGUUUAUUAAUACUAUUUUUAAUAUAAAGGUUUAAAUAUACUGUAACUAUUUCAUGCUGUCUGUCACUGUUUUACAUACGUUAUGAUGCAGUAUUAUGUACAGUGUUUGUUUUUACUGUGGUCAAGGGCUGAUGUGCACAAUGUCGUGUAUUACAAAUUGUUUGUAUGAUGUAAAUGUAAAUAAUUGGCAUAAAUUGUAAAUAAUUUAUAAAAAAACAUGCCACUUAAUAUGUUGUACAAAUAACUUGUUUUUAUAAAAAAAUGAGUUUGCCUCAUGCA